AUGGGAAAGUUUAAAACACAUGUAAUCCAUGUUGAGUGUGCACACCCAUUAUUCUUAGAGGUAUUCAAGAAGUGUAUUGCAGCCUACACAGUUGAGCAGUUUGAGGUUGAUUGGUUAGCUAUGAUUCAGAAAUAUGAUCUUCAAGAGGAAAGUUGGCGCAAGUGGUUAUAUGGUUUCCAAAUAUUCUUGAAUGCUAGUGAAAAGUUGCAAAACAAGACAUUCGGCAAAGAAAAAGAAGAAGACAGUAAAGAUCUUACAUCUACACCUAUUCUAAAGACAACCUUCCUUAUCAAGGAGCAUGUAGCAAAGACAUACACUCAAAAAUUAUUUAGAAUGUUUCAAGAAGAGGUGGUAAGGUCUUCAAAUUGCCUUAGCAAAUUAAUAGAAGGCAAUGAUGAAUUCCCCAAAUAUAAGGUGGAAGACAUUGGCAGUGUGCCAAUCCCUCUGACGGUUGCAUUCAUUGAAUCAAGGAAGAAUUGUACAUGGACAUGUCAGUUCUUUGAGCGUGUUGGGAUCCCUUGUUCACGUAUGCUUAAAGUGUUCAAUAUGAGGAAUGCAUUGAAGAUCCCAUCUAUCACAUAUGCUUAA